AUGUUUCACUUCAGUGCCGCCCCUCCAAUAAAGCCCGACGCAGCUCCAGUCGCCCGUAGUGGUACCUGUGUUGUUGGGCAUAACACUGCCACCAACACGCUCAGCACGCUAACCAGGCCCAUUACAGACCUACAACCAAAUUAUCAGGGGCCUGGUAACUACCAUGCAAACGAUGCCGAUUGUACGAUUGUCCUGGAAGGCAGAACCAGUCGCAUUGAAAAUGCGGUGCUAAAGGACUCCUGUUCUGAUGAAGGUCUUCCAAGGUUGAACAAAGGGCAGGGCACGCGGAUCAAAGCUUGCUUGGAGUCUGUAAAACCACAGAAAGCAAGCCUGCUCACGGAGAAGGACUCAGAACAAAUUUCUCGUAGUGUUGGGGGUAAAAAAGAACACCUUGAGGAGUAUUUCAGGUCAAUGUAUGACAAAAUGAAGUCUUCAGCAGAAGAGCUUAAAGACCAUUUAUUCAACUAA